AGCUCUGGCGCCUGACGGCGUAGUGUCUGUAGUGUCUGUGCGCUCCCGGAUCCGCUGCGUCCGCCUCUGCCCCGCACUGUCCCAGCCAUGCCUCGCUCCAGCUUGCGGACGCCGGUCCUACGCCGGGUGUUCGUGGUGGGAGUUGGGAUGACCAAGUUCGUGAAGCCUGGAGGUGAGAAUUCAGGAGACUACCCUGACUUGGCAAAAGAAGCAGGCCAGAAGGCUUUAGCUGAUGCUCAGAUCCCUUACUCAGCGGUGCAACAGGCUUGUGUUGGCUAUGUUUAUGGUGACUCUACCUGUGGGCAGAGGGCUAUCUAUCAUAGUUUGGGACUGACUGGAAUUCCUAUAAUCAAUGUCAACAAUAACUGUUCUACUGGUUCUACUGCAUUGUUUAUGGCCCAGCAGCUGAUUCAGGGAGGUGUGGCAGAUUGUAUCUUGGCUCUAGGGUUUGAGAAGAUGGAGAAGGGACCUCUUGGAAUACAAUUUUCAAAGAAGACCAAUCCAUUGGAUAAACAUGUUCAGGUUUUGAUCAAUAAAUAUGGAUUGUCUGCUGAUCCAGUUGCUCCUCAGAUGUUUGGGUUUGCUGGAAGAGAGCACAUGGAAAAAUAUGGAACAAAAGUUGAACAUUUUGCAAAAAUUGGAUGGAAAAAUCAUAAACAUUCAGUUAACAACCCGUAUUCCCAGUUCCAAAAGGAAUACAGUUUAGAUGAAGUGAUGACAUCUCGAAAAGUUUUUGAUUUUUUGACUGUCUUACAAUGUUGUCCCACUUCAGAUGGUGCUGCAGCAGCAAUUUUGGCUAGUGAAGUAUUUGUACAGAAGCAUUCCCUGCAAUCCAAAGCUGUGGAAAUUGUGGCACAAGAGAUGAUAACUGAUUUCCCAAGUUCAUUUGAAGAAAGAAGCAUUAUUAAAACGGUUGGCUUUGAUAUGAGUAAAGAAGCUGCCAGAAGGUGCUAUGAGAAAUCUGGCCUAAGCCCAAGUGAUAUUGAUGUAAUAGAACUUCAUGAUUGCUUUUCUGCCAAUGAACUCCUUACUUAUGAAGCACUGGGACUCUGUCCAGAAGGACUAGGUGGAAAAUUGGUUGAUAGAGGAGAUAAUACUUAUGGAGGAAAGUGGGUCAUAAAUCCUAGUGGUGGACUGAUUUCAAAAGGACACCCACUGGGAGCUACAGGUCUGGCUCAGUGUGCCGAACUCUGCUGGCAGCUGAGAGGGGAAGCCGGAAAAAGACAAGUUCCUGGUGCAAAGGUUGCUCUGCAGCACAAUUUAGGCCUUGGAGGAGCUGUAGUUGUCACGCUGUACAGGAUGGGUUUUCCCGAAGCUGCCAAUUCUUUUAGAACUCACCAAAUUGAGGCUGCUCCAACCAGCUCUGCAGUUGAUGGAUUUAAGGCUGAUCUUGUCUUUAAAGAGAUUGAGAAGAAGCUUGAAGAGGAAGGGGAACAAUUUGUGAAGAAAAUUGGUGGUAUUUUUGCCUUCAAGGUGAAGGAUGGCCCUGGUGGUAAAGAAGCCACCUGGGUGGUGGAUGUGAAGAAUGGCAAAGGAUCAGUGCUUCCUAACUCAGAUAAGAAGGCUGACUGCACAAUCACAAUGGCUGACUCGGAUUUACUGGCUUUAAUGACUGGUAAAAUGAAUCCUCAGUCGGCCUUCUUUCAAGGCAAACUGAAAAUCACUGGCAACAUGGGUCUGGCUAUGAAGUUACAAAAUCUUCAGCUUGAGCCGGGCAAAGCUAAGCUGUGAAGAACUCCCUUUGCCUACCAUUGAGAAUCAAGAUGAGAUAUAUAGAUACAUAUCCAUAUAUUUCAUUGUCAGAAUUAGACUGAAACUAUACAUUGGCAAAUAGCUGAGAUUUGUUUUUAAAAUGAGUGCGACCAAUUCUGUUUUCCCUCAGCUCAGGUGAAUGGAGCCUGACGGUGCACCCCUGCUUUGCUGAAGUGUGUACAACUGUGCAUUACAAAGCUAACAUGGUAAUUAUGGUCUGGGGUAAAAUUGAGUUUCAGAAUAAAAUUAGGAACAGCAAAAUGGAAAAACUAUGUAAACAAAAGCUCUUAUUUUGUUUAUAAAUUUUAUUUAGAAUUAUUCUGCUGAAGAUUCAAUUCAAGUUUUCCUUGGGAAAACUAGGGAGGAAACAAAGUAUCCAUAGCUGAGCAGUAAUUAGUGUUGUGCACUUAAUGACCUUCAUCUAUUUCCCCUUGACAGUUUUUAAAAUUCUGUGCUGGGAUGUCUUAAAAAAAAAAACAAAAAAACUUAAGAAUUUUACAUUUCGUGUCAUCAAAACGGUAUUUUCUUCCCAAAAGAAGUAUGAUCAGUGCUUGGGGGGGAAAAAUCUAUAGCUGAACACAGGCCUAUUUUUAAGUAAAAAUAUUUUUAAAUAAGUUUCCUUCUUGAAAAAUCAGUGUAUUAAGUGUCAUAAAAUGCUAUUGUUAAAACUAAUUGAACAAAUAGUUUGCUUUGAGAUGCAGUUUUGAAAUUAUAAUCUCAAUUUUAUAAAGCUCUCAGUCCUUUGUUACAAUUUUCCUUUUUCAUGAGUUUAAUCAAUUAUCCACAUUUAAUUUAUCUUCUUAGAUUUUCUAAUGCUAAUGUUAAUUCUUAUAACAUUAAGAUAUGGGGUAAAAUAAUGCUUUUGGAAGAAUGUUUAAUAGAACAUUAAAAUCACUUUUCCUGA